AUGCUGCGGAGCCUCCUGCUGCUGAUCUGUGCUCCCCUCUGUGAACCCGUUGGGGUCCCUGUCUCUGAUGUGACCUUGGAAACACAGCCGCCAGGGGGACAGGUGACAGAAGGAAAGAAGCUGAUCCUUGUCUGCUCGGUUGCCAGAGGCACAGGGCACAUCACCUUCCUCUGGUACAAAGGGGCCAUGGGUUUACAACUGGGCACAAAGGCCCAGCGUUCCCUAACGGCAGAGUUUGAGAUCUUUCCGGCGAGGGAGAGUGAUGCUGAGCACUAUUACUGUGCAGCUGGAAAUGGCUAUGGCCACAAAGUCAGUGGGCUGGUGAGCAUCACGGUCAGAAUUCCAGUGUCUCUCCCAGUGCUCACCCUCAGGACCACUGGGGCUCAGGCUGUGGUGGGGGACAUGGUAGAGCUUUAUUGUGAAGUCCAAAGAGGCUCUCCUCCAAUCCAGUACCAGUUUUAUCACAAGAAUGCCACCUUAGGAAGCAGCUGGGCCUCUUCUGGAAGAGGAGCAUCCUUCAACCUCUCUCUGACCAUAGACCAUUCUGGAAAUUACUCUUGUGAGGCUGACAAUGGCCUGGGGGCCCAGCAUAGCGAGGAUGUGCCUCUCAACAUCACAGUGCCGAUGGAGAACAGAAGGGAACUUCUGACUUCAGGAGUCAUUGUCGGGCUGAUCAGCAUCCUUGGCGCCACCAUCGUAAUCCUACUAUUUCGCUCCUGGAUCAAGAGAAAAAACCUAGGAAGACUAUCAGCAAGGGAGCCACUCAGGAGCCCCCCGAAUCCUGUAUCCCAAGAGUCUACCUAUCUGAACUCGCCCUCGUCACUGCCGCUGCAGCCUGUCUAUGAGAAUGUAAACUCUGCAAGAAAGAAUGAUGUUUAUUCACUGGUGAACUCUUUACAACAGGAAAGGGAACCAGCAGCAGAUGAAAAUUGCUUCCAGGCCUCCUUCGCCAUCUAUUCUAAGCUUAAGAAGACAGGCGCUGCAGAUGUGGACUAUGAAGAUGCAAUGUAA